AUGGCAUGCUUAACACCCCAGGGAGUGAAAGAAGUCUUCCGCCUUCAGAAACCAGAAGGUCUCAGACACCUGCGGGCCCUGCUGAACUGGGAAGCGUUCGAUGAAGUGAGGGACGCUCGCCGCAGCAUCCUGCUGGACCUCCUCUAUGAGAGCAUCGUCUUUGCAGUGGGCAAAGGCUUCGCGUGGGUCAAGGUGGUCCAGGUGGCCAAGUUCACUGAGGAACUGCUCCAGGAAGCCAAAGGUUGCUCCAUCACGGAGGCCAUAACGAUCCUGGGCCACAAGCUCAGGGACUAUCAGGAUCAGUUCAACCCUACUAACCUGCUGGCCCUCUGCGACUACUUCCACAACACCUUCAUCUGUCACCACAAGCUCUACCAGUAUGUCCUGUGCCAGGACCAGGAAGUCAGCCUGACCCUCACCCCGCUGGAGGUGUGCACCCCGCCCCAGCCCCUCCCGCUGGCCCAAGGCAGGGACAGGGACGUCUGGCAGUUCGAGCAGCAGGUAGCCGAGCUCACAACGGCUGAGGUACAGAAGCGCACCAACGUGCUGCUCCUGAAGGAGGCGCUGUACCUGGAGCAGGAACACAUGCUGCAGAAGACUUUCCGGGACGUGUCUGUGCAGCAGGGGCAGGUGCUGACAAGAGAGGAGUUAGAGGACCUCAUCAGCAAGGCCAUUCACAUCCAGAUCGAAUGCCUGAAGGAGCUGUUGCAGUAUGAGAUACAGAUAACGUUUGAUAUCUUAGAUCUAAAGCUUCAGAAGAAGAUUUUAAAUCUCAAUGCCCCCACCCCUUUCCCUCCCUCGGUCACUAAGCAGCCAGGUCAAGUUGAAUCUGUUAAGGGCCGCAAGGCUACAAAAGAAAAGAAAGCACCGAAGUAG